CUCGAUCAUAUUGCAGAGUUGAGAGUAGAUACUACAGAGCAAAGCAGAAAGACAGCAAACGAAGCGAGGGGGCAUGGGAACAUCGUCAACAUUGUUGAAGAACAAAUACUGGAUUCUCAGACAUGGAAAGAGUAUCCCUAAUCAGAAAGGCCUCAUCGUUUCCUCUUUGGAAAACGGGACACUUGCAGAAUAUCAGUUAGCCGAUGACGGUGUUGCACAAGCCCAAUUGGCUGGGGAGCUAUUGCUAAAGGAUUUGAAGGAUGCUAAUAUUCCAUUGAAAAAUGUCCGCAUUUGCUACUCCCCGUUUGCUAGAACAGCUCAUACUGCUAAAGUGGUUGCAUCUGUCCUGAAUCUUCCAUUUGAAGGUAGUCAACGCAAGGUGAUUGAAGAUCUUCGGGAACGUUAUUUUGGUCCUUCAUAUGAGCUUUCAUCACAUGAUAAGUAUCCAGAGAUAUGGGAACUCGACGAGAAAGAUCCAUUUAAGCGGCCAGAAGGUGGCGAAAGUGCUGCUGAUGUUGUUUCACGACUAGUGAAGGCCAUGGAAGAAAUGGAGACUAUGUUUGAAGGAUGUGCAAUAUUGAUAGUCAGCCAUGGCGAUCCCCUCCAAAUGUUGCAGACAAUAAUCAAUGCUGCUAAGGAAAAAGAACAAGAUUUAUCCAGUUCCAUUAACUUUUUGUCAUGUUUAGAAGCUGUUAAAGUUCCAUGUGUCAUAUCAAAGCAUCGAAAAUUUGCGCUGGAAACUGGUGAGCUGCGAGCAGUGAUUUGAAACCAUAUCUCCUCAAUAACGCCGGGGUAUGUUGAAAUUCUUUGGACCAUAUUCUUGCACCAGAAUUUCUUGCAAUAUUUAGCUGGCUGUCAAUUCUCAAUUGAAUUACCUAUUGGAAUAAGGAAACAGCAUGAUUCAGUAUCUUAUAAUAAACUGUAUGUGGUGACUUGAUUUCUGCUCCUUGGUAGCUGUUUUUCCAGCUUUUAUAAAGGAGUCAGUUUUCUGUAUGAUUUCUUUACCAUAAAAAUUGGAGCUAAACUAAUUACGAAAAUUGAACAUAAAUAUAAUUCUUUACACAAUUUGCUCCUCUUUAUUACUUCGAGAGUCAGAUACCAACUCUGAUUAUUUGUAUACACAAAGAAAGCACGGGUGAGUAUCUCGUUGCAACAUAAGUAUAAGCCAAAACAGUACCAAUACUAAAAUACUUCUUGAAAAGUUUGAGUAUGAAUAUAAUUGUGAUAUCGACAUAAGUAACCAGCGAAAACUGGUGUCUUUGAAGCACAGUUCAAACAUGUGGUCUUUCUGGAAAUUUGAUGAUUUUGGGUAGUAAAUUCCACAUUCCACAAGGUAACAUGAUUGAAAAUUUGAACAAAAAAUAAAUUCAAAUUCCUUAAAACGAGUGAUGAAUUGCAAGUUCCCCAUUUAGGAUGACAACCUGUAAAAAGAAUUUCAUGAAGGGGUAAGGUGGGUAAGGUAAGCGUAAACAAAUUCCGUAAAGAAAAUAGAAGGGACUGAUUAAAUCUUGGUUGUUGAUUAAGAAAUGUUAUAAGAAAAAACUUAGCAUAUUCAGUAAAUAAGUUUUAAGCGAGAGUGAAAAAAACUUUAGAAAAAGGAGGAAAAAAACCAAAAAAGACAUCUACUAAAAUUAGGUCAAUGCAGUUGGUCUGAUGUACCUUAAAGUCUACUUCCUGAAAGCUAUUUUAGUCUCUUUCGAGAUCUUGGCUUCUCCUGUUCUGUUUCUUUUAGUACCUGAAGUUAUUUUUUUAUUUUAAUAAUCUUGGAUUAGUUAGAAUGAUGAGCAACUGUAUCAUGUUGUUUUUUUCUAAAUGUUGGUGAUAAUAUAGCUGAGGAGUUGAACUGUGCUCAACUUUUUCCACCUAAAUCCAUCCAGCUAGGCCUUUCCUUUAACGUAUAAAUACCUGCGAAUGCACACAGUAUAUCAUAUCCUAAGCAAACAGAAAAACUCCCUCUUAAAAGUAGUUGUAUCCAUCCUAAUUCUGUACUUGUUUGGGCUCACUUCCCGAAACUAUGGGUUCUCGCUUGUUUCUUCUUGGAAUGCUGCUUGUUGCUUGUGUGCUGAGUACCGGGACAAUGCCGGUUGCAGCUCGCCGCCUUCUAGAGGCUUCCUUGCCAGAGUAUCCUAAGGCAGAGCUGCCGAAGCCGGAAGUGCCUGGACUUCCAAAGCCUACUUUGCCUGAGAUUCCUAAACCCACAUUUCCCGAACUCCCUAAGCCUGAGUUUCCUAAGCCCACGUUGCCUGAACUUCCAAAACCCACCUUACCAGAGCUCCCUAAACCCACUGUGCAUGAAGUACCCAAACCAACACUACCAGAAAUACCGAAGCCCAAAUUAGAUGAGGUGCCCAAGCCUAUUGAGCAUGAAUUGCCAAAGCCUACAUUGCCAGAGUUGCCUAAACCUACUGUACCUGAAAUGCCUAAGCCUGUGUUGCCUGAGGUGCCAAAACCAACCUUACCAGAGCUCCCUAAACCCUCUAUGCAUGAAGUACCCAAGCCUACAUUGCCACAGAUGCCGAAGCCCAGUUUGGAUGAGCUGCCCAAGCCAAUACAACCAGAACUACCAAAGCCACAAUCGGAUGAGGUGCCCAAGCCUACCGAGCAUGAAUUUCCCAAGCCUACCGAGCACGAAUUGCCCAAGCCUACUGAGCACGAAUUGCCUAAACCUACCGAGCACGAAUUGCCUAAACCUACCGAGCACGAAUUGCCCAAGCUUACCGAGCACGAAUUGCCUAAACCUACCGAGCACGAAUUUCCCAAGCCUACCGAGCACGAAUUGCCCAAGCCUACUGAGCACGAAUUGCCUAAACCUACUGUACCUGAAAUGCCAAAGCCCAUAUUGCCUGAGGUGCCAAAACCAACCAUACCAGAGCUCCCUAAACCAAUUGUGGAUGAAGUACCCAAACCUACAUUGCCACAAAUCCCAAUGCCCCAUUUGGAUGAACUUCCCAAGCCUACAUUGCCCGAGCUGCCAAAUCCUACAAUGCCCGAGUUACCCAAACCCACAGUGCAUGAGCUUCCCAAGCCUUCUCUACCUGAAAUGCCCAAACCCACUGUACCUGAGUUACCCAAGCCAACAAUUCCUCAACACCCUAAGUCUGCUAUCCCGGACAAGCCUUGAAUGAUACAAUAGGUUGCAUUUCUUGGGACUCCUUGAAUUUAUUAUAUAAUGAUAUACAAAUAUUUUGUACUUGGAUACUACUAUCUUUUUUAUACUGUUGUGUACGUUGAUUUUCAAUUUUCAUAUUUUUGAACCUUGUACGUGAUACCAUUUCACUUCUUUGAUAUAUUAUUAUAAUUAUGUCUUA